AUGAUUACCGCCAUCACAUUUCUUGCCAUCGCCGGCACAGUACUUUGUGCCCCACCCGAAAUGGGUGGUGACUUCAACAUCCAAGUGGAGCCUCCCAGUGUGAGAACUGCAGGGAAAGACAGAGGACCACCUCAGAUGGGCGAAUUCAACAUCCAAGGAGGACCUGGAAGUGGUCCUGGUCACGAAGCAUUCGGACAUCACGGACCGCCCCCACCACCGUACCUUGGAAAUGUCAGUGACGAAGCUCGACAGGAGUACUUCACUAUUGUUUCGAACACAAACAACACGAUCGCCCAGCAAAAACAAAAUGUACUCGCAUGGGCUCAAAAGAAUGGAGUUGAGGCUCAAGUGCAGGAGUUCAACACCAACAUGACCUAA